ACAACCCUCUAAUUCGGAUCGGGUCGUCCCGUCCGGCAACAGCCGCCGUUGGCGGCCUGCCGCCAUCCUCGCUACCUGAAUCCGCAAUCCCCAUUCACCCUCCAUCCAGCGGUUUGCCUCCCUUCGAGCGGAGAGGAGCGGAGCGAGCAGCUGCGAGGUUUGAUUUCACAUCGGGAGCCUGAGCAUGACAACGGUCCGUAGCUGUUUGGCAUGCGAUCUGACUGAUAUGGUUGCACAAAGCUAAAUUUCAAUUCGACCGUCACGUCUCGACCACACGGUCGAUCUGAUCACCAGGCACCAGCUGCCCACCCACCUGCACAUGGUAGUGCCCGCUGGUCCUUUAUCUCUUCAGCAAGCAAAAAAGAACUCCCGUUCUCUUCUCCCUCUCCGUCAGCCCCACUGGAGCGGCGGCCCGAUGGAUGGGAGAGCGCGGCCAUGCGGGUCGACUCCGCUCCGGAUCAGCAACAUGUGGCACAGCGUGGCGAGCGGCGAGCUCCCGUCGGGAGUCAGUUGCGCGAGGAGCGAGCUCCCCGUGGAAGGUCCCCGUCGGGAGCCGGCGGCGACAGCACCAAGCUACCCGUCAGGAGCCAGCGGCACAAGGGCGAGCUCCCCAUCGGGAGCGGCCCAACCUGUGCGAGAGCCGGCCUGGGGCAACGCGUCGGUUCGGACCGUUUGUCGGAGAUCGACUUCCUCACAGGCGAUCGUAAACUUGCGGUGACCAUGGUAGGCGAGAUAGCAAACAUGGAGUGCGACUCUGUUUGGUGUUGUACUGCUGUACCAACUCCGGCGAUGAGCCGGUGCCCGGUGAUCGACCAUGGCUGCUUCGAGUUGCUGCUGCGGCAUGGCAAGCGAGGUAGGAGGAGGUGCAGCGAACGGCGUCAGUGGGGCACGGGCGGGUGGCCGAGAUUCAGGGUGAGCCGCAUGGAUUGACCUGGUGUGCAUGCCGCCUCACGCCGGCCAGUGCAGGGGAAGCCGUGAGCCCACUCGUGAUGGUAGCUUUUUCAGGAAUUCCGAGUUGAGCAUCAAUGUGGCAGUAAGCAGAGUUUCAAAUAGAACUAGGGAGUUGUUGUUGGCUGGUCUCACAAAAUGCUGCAACUGAUUGAAUGACAUCUCAAAAAUGAGUCCCAGUGCAAGCACAGCAACUGAACAAAUUCCUGAAAACUGCCUACCCUCACAGAUUGAGAAAACACAGCUACAGAGUGCCUUUUUUCUAACCAGAAUUUGAAAAUUUGUGUGGGAAAUUAGCUCGUGUAAUUUAGGCUGAAACUGCUUGGUUGGGGAGCUGGAAUAAUUCACUUAUUUUGUUGCUGGAAUUUCAU